AUGGUCUCGACGUUUGGCCGCCCAUUUUGCUUACUCAAGUGGAAAAAAGGCAUCGACUGUGUCUAUCGAGAGAAGGGCCAACCCGGGUUACGUCCAGGCUACGGCAAGGGCAUCGAAACGCGUGUAGCGUUCUUGGAAGAUUGUAUCGACAGGAUGCAUCGAGAUCUCCAGGCGGUCCUUGCCCGUGGGCGGACGGAGUUCCUGGGUGAACCACAUCCACAUCGACCAGAUGCUCCUCCUCAUCCUUCUGCGCCUCAUCCUCUCGACGCCCAGGCCAUCGAUUCUCGGGCUCAGCAGACACCACGCACUCUUCAGUCCCAUGAAGUCCUCUCACUCACCUCGACUCCUGUAGUCGACCCGCUCCCCGCCACAUGGCCAGGUCUCCCGCCGCAGCCCCAACCUCAACCCGACAAUGGCCUGCCCCCGGAUUCAGUGGUGCGAGAACUCGCUGAGUUGUUCUUUGAGGUCAUAUAUCCGUCGUUCAAGCUUUUCUACAAGCCCACUUUCAUGGCGAAUCUGACUCGCCCUGACCGUGAGAUACUCGUCUGCGGGAUUGUGGUGAUCUCGUUUCCCUUCUGGAACAAGUCCACUCCUUUGGCCGAGAGUCGUGAGCAGUACGUCAAGAGGGCGAGAGAACGUAUCCUCCUGCACAACGUAGACAACUGCACUAUAAUAUCGACGCAAGCGCUGGCCCUGCUGGCCCUGGAUGCUUGUGGUCAAGGUCCUGGUCCUCAGACAUGGAGUAUCAUGGCUAUGUUGGUGGCCGCCGUGAAGCAGUUGGGACUAGCCAAGAUUGCCGGCGACGCGAAUUUCGAACCAAAUCACCCCAUGGUGCGAAAUGAAGACCCCGACGAAUGCGUGGAUCAGCCGAGUAUCGAAGUCGAAGAGAAGCGACGUCUUUUCUGGUCGGCAUACGUCCUUGAUCGAUUUUCGAGCUUCUUUCACGGCAGCCCAUGUGGCAUUGACGCGAAACGCAUCACGGUCCAGUUUCCCGUCCCCGACAAAGAUUGGGGUCAGACCUCGACGGCCGAAUGGUUUCACACGACCGCGCCUCUCCGACCCUCUAUCGACGGUACCAGGGAUCUUUGGCGUUGCCAGAUCGAGGUGCUCGCCCUGUCCGACCGCACCAGUCAACUCCUUCUCCAGCCGGUGAACUUUUCCCUUCCCGCACGAUGUCAAGAAUGGCAGAGCAGCUUUCGACUCCUAGAUACGGCUCUGACCACCUGGUUCGACACUUUGCCCCAGCCUGUCCGAGACGCGCCGCCUGAGUUCAACCCCAUGUGGAUCAUGGUGCAUGCCACCUACCAAGCCGUCGUUAUGCGCAUGCAUGCAAUUGCCGCCUUUCCCCCCACGACCUCUCCUUAUUUCAGACCAUAUCCGUCGUCCUGCGGCCGCUGUCGCCAGGCGAUCCGCAGUCUACAAUCCUUGGCUAGUGGGCUCCAACCUCAUGAAACCGAUCAACUGGGGCCUAUUUUUGCCUUUAUUGUGUGGUGUGCUGCGCGGGCUCUUGUCAUCUUAUGGACAGCUGGAUAUGAGAAUACAUAUGGGUCGACUCCUCCGGACCUCCUCUCCUUACUCGCUCUCCUACGCCAAAUGUCACAUCGGUGGCAAUGUGCUCAGCACUACGCCGACACCAUACAGUUCGUGCUCGACACCAAGAACAAUCCUGACGGCCGCACUGGACUGAACAUUUUCAACGACACGAGACAUACGGUCUACGGUCUGAGACAACGGCUGGGCAAUCUUAUCGCAGCUCAUAAUACGACGCACCAGCUCGGCCCGUUAUUCGAGUUCUUGGGCAUGCCCACGCUUGAGGAUGGAGGAUUUCCAGGACUUCAACCGAUCGGGGCAGACGAGAUUGGAUUCGGUGCCUUGAUGCCAUCUAUGGACAAUGAAUGGCCGUAG